GCUCUCACGAUUUACAUCGAUUUACGGUUCAACUGCCUUGGUUCAACUCAAAGUUCUCUAUACCGUGGUUCAACUGGUUAUACCGCAGGGCGCAGGGCUAUAAUUCAAAUUGACAUAAAUCAAAAGAAGAAUGGAUUUGGUUGUGGUUGGGUCUUGCAUGUCGGAUCAAACAUGCUACACUGCUAGACUUCCGAGAGCUGGUGAAACUGUCCAUGGCACCAAGUUUGCCUUGACAUGUGGAGGAAAGGGUGCCAACCAAUGCGUAAUGGCCUGCAAGCUGGGUGCCAGCACUGCCAUGGUAGCCAAGCUGGGGGACGACGCGUUCGGUCGGCUCUACAAGGAGAACCUGGUGCAGGUCGGUGUGGACAUCACCCACGUGACCUCCACCAGCGAGGCUUCCACCGGAGUGGCGCAAAUCUGCGUCGAUGGCAAAGGUAUGAACUCGAUCGUGAUUGUGGCCGGCGCCAACAUGCUGCUCACUCCAGCCGACGUGCAGGCAGCGGACGCGCUGUUCAACUCUGCGCGCGUGCUACUCUGUCAGCUGGAGGUGCCGCUGGAGACCACGCUGGCGGCCCUGCGCGCCGGCCGUGCGCACAAUGUGACUACCGUUGUGAACGCAGCACCAGCCAUGCCGGUCAAGGAUAACGAGCUAUUUGAGCUUUCCGAUAUCUUCUGCGUCAACGAAACAGAGGCCGAGGUGAUGACCGACCUGCCGGUGACCUCUGUCGAGGAGGCAGAGCUCGCCGCUGCCGCGCUGCUGCGCCGCGGCUGCCGCGCCGCCAUCGUCACCCUGGGUGCUCAGGGCGCCGUGUACGUCGCAACUGGACGGCAGAGUGUUCACGUGGCCGCGCCGCCCGCCCAGGAGGUGGUGGACACGGUGGGUGCCGGCGACGCGUUCCUGGGCGCGCUCGGCUACAUGCUGGCCUGUCUGCCGGGCCUGGCGGUCGAGGAGGCGGUCCGGCGCGCCUGUCACAUCGCCACAGCCAGCGUGGCCCGGCCCGGAGCUCAGGUCAGCUUCCCUCGGCGGGACCAGCUGCCGGCCGAGCUGUUUCAGCUCUGAGCGGGGGCUGGCGGGUGACCAGAGGCCGCGGGU